AUGCACCUGAACGCCACGGCCCCGGCCGCGCCGGGCGGCCCCCUCCGCCUGCAGCCCCCGGGCUAUGCCCUGCCGGGCGGCAACGCCUCCAACCGCUCCGACCUGCUCCCCAAAGGACCCGACGAGGAGGACCUGGACGUCAACACUGACAUCUACUCCAAAGUCAUGGUGACGGUCAUCUACCUGGCUCUCUUCUUGGUGGGCACCGUGGGCAACUCCAUCACAGCGUACACGCUGGUGCGCAAGAAGUCGCUGCAGAACCUGCAGAGCACCGUGCACUACCACCUGGCCAGCCUCGCCUUCUCCGACCUCCUCAUCUUCCUCCUUUGCAUGCCCAUCGAGCUCUACAACUUCAUCUGGGUCCACCACCCCUGGGCUUUCGGGGAUGCUGUCUGCAAGGGCUACUACUUCCUCCGGGAUGCCUGCACCUACGCCACGGCGCUCAACAUCGCCAGCCUCAGCGUGGAGCGCUACAUGGCCAUCUGCCACCCCUUCAAAGCCAAGAGCAUCAUGUCCCGCAGCCGCACCAAGAAGUUCAUCAGCUGCAUCUGGAUCGCCUCCUUCCUCCUCGCUAUCCCCAUGAUCUUCACCAUGGGGGAGAAGGGCAAGGAGCAGCAGCCCGACUCCAUCAUCUGCACCACCAUCGUGGACGCAUCCACACUCAAGACCGUCAUCCAGGCCAACACCUUCAUCUCUUUCGUGUUCCCCAUGGUCGUCAUUUCUGUGCUGAACACUAUCAUUGCCAACCAACUCAUGGUCAUGUUCAAGCAGGCUGCCCAAGAAAACCAGGUUUGCACCAUCGGAGGACAGCAGACGAUGCUCAGCAUGUCCAUGGAGCCCAGCCGGGUGCAGGCCUUGAAGCACGGCGUGAGGGUGCUACGCGCUGUGGUGAUUGCCUUUGUGGUCUGCUGGCUUCCCUACCACAUACGGCGGCUCAUGUUCUGCUACGUCCCCUCCAAGCACUGGACAGAUUUCCUUUUUAACUUCUACCACUACUUCUACAUGCUGACAAAUGUCCUCUUCUACGUCAGUUCGGCAAUCAACCCCAUUCUCUACAACCUGGUGUCUGCAAACUUCCGACAGAUCUUCAUCUCCACGCUCACACUCCUCUGCCUGCCAUGGAGAAAGAAGAAAAAACGACUUGCCUUCACCAGGAAAUCCAACAGCAUCUCCAGCAACCACACGUUUUCCAGCCAGGUCACAAGGGAAACUACAUAUUGAAGCCAAAGGAGGAAGAGAGAUAUAUAUCAACCUGGAAUCAAAACUUGAGAGAGGCCUUUGUGACUUUCAUGCAUGGUCUCCAAAUUCACUUAACACAAAUGUGUUUAGCAAAGUCGUUUUUGUUGGAAAAAUAGGCUUUGUUCUGCCAGUAACUUUGAGGUUAUGUUAAAGCAUUGGCCUUGCCUCUUGUGAGUAAUGUCUACACGUUUUGUAACUUCAGUCUGGC